AUGGAGGGCCUAUUCAUCGAGGGAUCAAUCGCCACAUUUGGUUACUGGGAGGCACAGCACAUAUUCUCAUCUUGCUUAAUCCUUGUUAUCUCCGCUCUUUUGAAUCCGAAUGUGGCUACUUCUGAUCUUCUCCAAACGUCUAUCAAUAUACUUCGGACCAUGCGGGACCACGGAAAUAUUCCCGCAGUAGACUACAGCAAGCGGCUUUCUUUGAUACAGGCUGGUGUUUCUACUGGAUCCGGGUCGGAACACGCAAAUCCUAACCUAGGUAGAAGCCAGCAAACUGAUCGAGUUCAGCAAGUGGGUCGGACCAGAAACCAUGGUCGACCUUCCGACAUUGCUGAAUUAGCAGUACAGCACUCGAUAAGCCAUAGUUUAGUAGCGGAUUCCGGUAUGAACUGUGCAGAUACUCUUGCCCAUCCUUUGAUGGAUACAUUUCUGGAUGAGAACCUGUCUGCUUGGCCCAGCAGCAUGUUCAUGGAUGACAAUGCGUGGAGAAGCUUGGCUACGGAGAUGGAGGAGCAUUUUCUAUUCUAG